GACGUGUGGUGGUGGAUAGGACUCGCCGGAGCGCUGUAGAAGAAUCCUCCGCCGUAGUACGGCGGUUCACGGCCGGGACUCGACGGAGCACUGACAUAAGGAGUUGAAACAGUGUUAUCGAUGUCGUCGGAGAAUGUGAGGUGUACGUCAUUGUUGCUGCAGCUUUCUGUGUCUUCCAUUUUACUGACGGAGAUCGGUGGUUGGACGGUGCCGGUGGAGGAGGGUGUUAUACUAUAUGAUCAGAUUUGAUACUAUUCUUCCAUUAUCUCUGCAAGUGAAGUGAUGGGUAUUUUAAAUUAAUAAGUGACUUAGAAACCCCAUAAAAGAUGCAACAGGUGAAGCUUAAAUGACAACCGAAUCCUAAGUUGCAGAUCUGAAUUCUGGAGUGUGUUGCGUUAUAUUAAUAUAAAAAUUGUCAAUUUGUAUUUGUUUUCUUUAAAAAGCAGACUCAAUAUUAUUUGGGAAAAUCAUCAAAUUGGCCACUGCAACGCCGUCUUUGCGAAAAUGGCCACCGGACACCCCUUGCCGAGCCGUUUCAAUAUCCUGAAACGGCACAAGAAUUUUUUUUAACGGCCAUCCACUCCCCGUUUGACACGUGUCCGACAAUCCAUGUAACGGCUUGAGAAGCAAGCAGUGAACGACACGUGGCUGAUAAUGUGGAAAGAUCUUAGCCAAGCCGUUACAACCGGCUCAUGUGGAAAGAUCUUAGCCAUGUUCCUUCAACGAGCCAAGCCACGUUCUUACGAGGUAGCCAAGCCGUUACCGUACGAUCUAGCCAAGCCGUUACAGCUGUCAUCCGAGCCGUUUCCGUAAACUGCUUGUGCCGUUUUAGCUGGCUCCAAGCCGUUUUAGCUGGCUCCAAGCCGUUACAGAUGGCUCGAGCCGUUUCAACAUACGGUUCGAGCCGUUUCAGCUGGCUCAGGCCGUUUCAAUCCUUUAUAUUUAGUGAGUGGCCGUUAUAAAUUUUUCCCUAUAUUUUUUUUAUUUGUUUGUGCAACAGAUUUGUUUAAAGUUAUAAAAACAUUUAGCAUUUUGUAAAAGGAAGUUUCCAACUUAAAAUUAUGAAGAUUCGUUUGGUUGUAUACAAUGGCGGAAAGUGGGAAAUCGUUAACGGAAAGUUGGAGUAUGUUGCUGAUGCUGAUUCAAGUAGACGUGGUUUAGAAAUUGAACCCAACCUUUCAUACACUGCUCUUCUAAGUAAAUUGUCAAACAUUUGUAGUUCUACAAACAUUACGAAGUUAUCUUAUCGGUUGUCUUCCUUUAGUGAUCCCAUAGAUAUAAUAAACGAUGAAGAUCUUGCAAUUUUUUAUAAUUUUGCAAUGGAAAAUAUUUUUGAAAUUUAUAAAUUAUAUGUGAUUGAAGGGUUUGGUGUUGGAUCAUCUAGUUUUUCAACUCCAAAAAAAUUUUUAGUUCCUGAUUUAAAUUUUUGUGCUGAUGAAGAAAAUUAUGACGUUGUAAACGACUCCCAACCAAAUCCUGAUAAUUCUUUUGAAAAUUGUUCGCGAUCUUCAUCAAUUACUUUUGAACCAGGUCACGUAUUUAAUAACAAAGAAGACAUGAAACUUGAAUUGGGAAAAAAAUGUUUGUUAGAACACUUUGAGUUUAAAGUAGAUAGAUCCUCUAAAAGUCGGUACCAGGUGUCAUGUUUGGUCGGCGGUUGCGGUUGGCGUUUCCGUGCAAGGAGUUUUGGAGAUAGUGGGGUGUUUUUUGUUAAGAGUUUUAACGAUAAACACACGUGCUCGAAGACGCUAACGUACCCACAUGUUCGUCAGGCAAACCCAAAUGUUGUUGCUCAUUAUUUAAAAGAACCUUUAAAAGACAGUGGAAGAAUAUAUCGUUGUAAAGAAAUAGUGAAAGAUUUUAGACAAAGAUUCCAAGUUGAGAUAACCACUAGUCAAGCUUGGCGUGGAAAAAGUCUGGCACUAGAGCUUUUACAAGGAUCAAGCAGAGACUCGUUCGCAGAACUACCACUUUACUGUUACAAUCUAGAGCGGGCAAAUCCUGGUUCUGUUACACAUAUCAAGACUGAUGACGAGCGUCGGUUUGAGAUGGUCUUUGUCGCGAUUGGUGCUGCGAUUCGUACCUUUAUAUGCAAUUUAAGACUGGUGGUGAUCAUUGAUGCUGCACACCUAAAGGGUGAAUUUAAAGGGACGUUAUUUUUAGCGGUUGGGAUGGAUGGAAACAACCAAAUUUUACCAAUUUCCUAUGGAAUAGGAAAAUCAGAGGAUGGUGAAUCUUGGACAUGGUUUCUGUCAAAGCUUAAAGAAUGUAUCGGUGAAAUACCUGAAAUGGCCAUAAUUUCGGAUAGAGCGAAUUCUAUACAUCUGGCUGUUAGAAACGUCUUUCCACAUGUUUAUCAUGGGUUAUGCUGUCGUCAUUUAAUGAUGAACCUACGUUUACCCUCUGAUAAAAAAAAAAGAAAAUGAGAAGUUGUGGUGGAAGACAUGCAAAUCGUACCGAUUGUCUGAUUUUAACGAGUCAUUUAAUGCUCUUUGUCUUGCCGUUCCUAGAGUACGACACACUCUAACAAGUAUUGGGUUCGGUAGAUGGGCAAGGGCGCAUUGUCCAGGCAAUCGAUAUCAUUAUAUGACAUCUAAAAGCGCGGAGUCUAUUAACGCUUUAUCUAGACACUCGCGUAAAAUGCCGGUAACACAACUCUUAGAGUUCUUCCGGCAAUCUGUACAAAAGUGGUUUUACGAUCGCCGUUUGCAAGGUAUACAUGAAAAGCAUUUACUUACACAAUGGGCACAAAAGAAAAUUUUUAAAAAAAUUGAAGGGUCUAGAACAUGGACGGUUGCUGGGAUUGAGUUAAACAGUUAUUCUGUUGCAGACAGUGGAAAGGGGGGUUUAGUGGACUUUGUUAAUGGAACAUGUAGUUGCCGAGUUUGGCAGGUUUCUGGUUUACCAUGCGGGCAUGUUAUUUCCGUUUCAAAAUUUUUAGGUGAAACCGACUGCAGUAAGUAUUGCUUCCCGUGUUACUCAAACGAAGUCUAUAAGAAAACUUAUGAAGAAGCGAUUUAUCCUCUUCCUCAUAGAUCUGAAUGGGAGACUCCAGAAGACCUUAUCAAUCUUCAACCGCCACAUAUGACAAAACGCCAGGCUGGUCGUCCUCGAGAAAACAACCGAAUCUUAUCCCGCGGGGAAGAACCUACUCCCCUGUAUUGUUCCCGAUGUAACUCAUAUGGUCAUCAUCGGGAUGUAUGUCGGCAGCCCAUGCCGUCAGAAAUUCGUACUCGCAAACAUCCAGACAAAGGGAAAGGGAAAGAAACCGAUAAUCCUGAUGAUUUUACACAAUCUCCUACUGAUUAUAUAUAUCCGUCUUUCAACUUGGGAGACUUUUAAUACUUUAUUAAUUUAUUUUGUGAAAUUUAAUUUAAUUUGUCGAGUAA